ACUCAGUCAUGAGCUCAGGGAGCGCGGCGUGAGGACCAGCAGCCAGUGCCAUGCAGGGCUCCUGCCGCCGGCCCGGGCUGGCUCCGAGGGGACGGCGUGGGCACAGCCCGGCCGGGCAGCUCUGAGGGACCGCGGCUGGCUGGGGGUGCAAGAAACCCUGCUGGAGCCGCUGCAGGACGGCGUGAGUCGGUUCUGAGAGGCUGCUGUGCCCGACCCGGCUCGGCGCGGCUCAGCUGCUCUCCCUGCUGCGCCGAGGAUCGGCUGGGAUGGAGCAGAAGUGAAUGUGGGAUGCGGAGCCGCGGCUUCCCGGGAGCGGAACUCGCUGGAUGUUCUCAGGGUUGGAGGUCUCCACCGUGCUGGUGAUGUUCAGCCCGUCCUCUGCCGUGACGCCGUGCACCUCCCCGCGGGUGCCCCAGGCCGUCCCCAUGGACCUGCGGAUCGGGCAGCGCGUGGUCAAGCCCCAGGACACGGCGCUGCUGGCCCUGAAGCAGCAGCAGCUGCAGCACCAGCUCUUCCUGGCCAGCCUGCACCAGCAGCAAGUGGAGCAGCUCGCCCACCAGCACGUCAGGGUGGCCAUGGAGUCCCCACACCGCGAGGCUGAGCCGGGCCAGCAGGAGCAGGAGCUGCGGCAGAUCCUCAACAAGGACAAGAGCAAGCGCAGUGCCGUGGCCAGCACGGUGGUGAAGCAGAAGCUGGCUGAGGUCAUCUUGAAGAAGCAGCAGGCGGCUCUGGAGAGGACCAGCAACCCCCCCGCUGCAGCCCUGCCCUACAGGUCUCUGGAGCCCCUGGAGCCCGAGGGUCCCUCCCCUGCCAUGCUCAGCACGUUCCUGUCCCCUGUGCCCAGCGCUGCUCUCGACACCCCCGAGCAUUUUCCACUGCGGAAAACAGUGUCCGAGCCCAACCUGAAGGUUCGGUGCAAGCCCAGGAAGUGCCUGGACCGGCGCAAGAACCCCCUGACCCGCAAGGAGAGCGCGCCCCCCUCGCUGAAGAGGCGCCCGCCCGACGCCAUCGACUCGUCCCCCAGCAGCAGCAGCACCCCCGUGUCGGGCUGCAGCUCUCCCAACGACAGCCUGCCCGCCGAGCACGCCGCGCUGCCCGCCGCCCCGGGCGUGGCCCACGAGGCGCCGCUGGCGCAGCGGCUGCUGCUGCAGGAGAGCUCCCUGGCGCAGUUUGCCCUGCAGAGCGCGGCCUCCCUGCCGGCCAUCACCCUGGGGCUGCCGGCCACCACCGGCGCCAGGGCCGAUGCGGAGCGCCGGGCGCUGCCCGGCCUGGCUCACCGGGUGCCGGUGCUCAACGGGCCGGUGCUGCCGGGCGCGCACCCGCCCGUCUUCAUCCCGGCCGGCCUGGAGCAGCGCGAGCCCGGCAGCCCCCUGUCCCCGCGGCUGCAGCCCGUCAUCAUCCUCGAGCCCUCGGUCACCCACGCGCCGCUGGUGGCGGGUGAGUGUCCGCCUGGGGACAUGGGGACCGUGGCAGUGGCAGCCGAUGCGGAGCGCCGGGCGCUGCCCGGCCUGGCUCACCGGGUGCCGGUGCUCAACGGGCCGGUGCUGCCGGGCGCGCACCCGCCCGUCUUCAUCCCGGCCGGCCUGGAGCAGCGCGAGCCCGGCAGCCCCCUGUCCCCGCGCCUGCAGCCCGUCAUCAUCCUCGAGCCCUCGGUCACCCACGCGCCGCUGGUGGCGGACGUGAAGAACUUUCUAGAAAUGCCUUUUUCACGCCGCUGCUCGCUGUCCCCUCGGCUGCAGCGCAUGGCCAAGUCCAGCGAGAAGCCCCGGCUGCGGCAGAUCCCGUCCUCGGAGGACAUGGAGGCCGAGGGGACCCUCCCGGAGGGGACCCUGCCGGAGGGGGACCCCAGCAGGGCGCGGCUGGAGCCCCCCCGGCCCGGCAGCAGCGGGAAGGAGCCCGAGAGGACGCAGAAGAUGGGGCAGCCCCCGGAGGAGCUGGUCCUGCAGCAGGCCUUCCUGUGGGACUCCUUCCAGCGGGUGCAGCAGCAGCUCCUCAAGCGCCAGCCCUUGGCCGACCCCCCCGUGCUCCCCCCCGGCCACCGGCCGCUGUCCAGGGCUCAGUCGUCCCCAGCCACGGCCACCGUGUCCCUCCCUGCCCAGGACACCAAGGCGCUGGCCCUGCCCGUGCAGGAACAGCCGCCCAAGCCACACUUCACCACAGGGCUGGUUUACGACUCGGUGAUGCUGAAGCACCAGUGCUCCUGCGGGGACAACAGCAACCACCCCGAGCACGCCGGCAGGAUCCAGAGCAUCUGGUCCCGCCUGCAGGAGCGGGGCCUGCGCAGCCGCUGCGAGUGCCUGCGGGGCCGCAAGGCCACCCUGGAGGAGCUGCAGUGCGUGCACAGCGAGCGCCACGUGCUGCUCUACGGCACCAACCCCCUCAACCGCCUCAAACUGGACAACGGCAAGCUGGCAGGGAUCCUGUCCCAGAGGACGUUUGUGAUGCUGCCCUGCGGAGGGGUGGGGGUGGACAGUGACACCAUCUGGAACGAGCUGCACUCGUCCAACGCCGCGCGCUGGGCCGCGGGCAGCGUCACCGAGCUGGCCUUCAAGGUGGCCACCAGGGAGCUGAAGAACGGCUUCGCCGUGGUGCGGCCGCCCGGACAUCACGCGGAUCCUUCCACGGCCAUGGGAUUCUGCUUCUUUAACUCGGUGGCCAUCGCUGCCAGGCAGCUGCAGCAGAAGGGGAAGCUCAGCAAGAUCCUCAUCGUGGACUGGGACGUUCACCACGGCAACGGGACCCAGCAGAUUUUCUACAGGGACCCCGAGGUUCUCUACAUCUCCCUGCACCGCCACGACGACGGCAACUUCUUCCCGGGCAGCGGCGCCGCCGACGAGGUGGGCGCUGGCCCCGGCGAGGGCUUCAACGUCAACGUGGCCUGGGCUGGAGGGCUCGACCCCCCCAUGGGGGACCCCGAGUACCUGGCUGCCUUCAGGACCGUGGUGAUGCCCAUUGCCCACGAGUUCUGCCCCGACGUGGUGCUGGUGUCGGCCGGCUUCGACGCAGCCGAGGGCCACCCGCCCCCCCUGGGGGGCUACAAAGUCUCUGCCAAGUGUUUUGGCUACAUGACCAAGCAGCUGAUGAGCCUGGCAGGGGGGGCCGUGGUGCUGGCACUGGAGGGGGGACACGACCUCACGGCCAUUUGUGACGCGUCCGAGGCCUGCGUGUCCGCCCUGCUGGGCCACGAGCCGGAGCCACUCCCCGAGGACAGCCUGAGGCAGAAGCCCAACGCCAACGCCGUGCGCUCCCUGGAGGCCGUGAUCCAGGUCCAGAGCAGAUACUGGGUGGCCGUGCAGCGCUUCGCCUCCAAGCUGGGCUGCUCCUUCCUCGAGGCUCAGCACCACGAGGCCGACGAGGUGGAGACGGUGACGGCCCUGGCGUCCCUCUCGGUGGCCGUGAUGGUGGAGAAGAGGGCACAGGAGGAGCCCAUGGAGCAGGAGGAGCCCAUGAACCAGUGACACUUGGGGACGGUCCCCGGCGUGGCCGGAGCCCCCGAAGACCCCGAUCCCGUUUGUCCCCCUCGCUCCCGAGGCCCUGGGCGGGCCUGGACUCCUGGAAGGGACAUUCCCGAAUCCAACGGGACGGGACCACGGAGAGCCCCGAGCCCAGACUGUGCCCACAGCCCCCCUCCAAUUUUGGGACCCCUCGAGGGGGGUGAAACCCCCCAGCCCUGCGGCACUGACCCCCCGAUCCCGGGACCUCCUCACCGGGCAGGGAUGGACGUUGGGACCACCCUGGGGACGGCUCCCAGAGCCUGGGAGGAGCAUCCCAGGGUUUGCUGGCUGGGAUGGGAUCUCUGCACCUUCUCCAGAGGUUCCCUGGCUCCCCUCGCCCUGCUGGGCCACGGGGAUGGAGCGGCAGGGACGGGGACGGGAGCUCGGGAGCGUCCCCAGGAAGGUUUGGGGCAUCCCAAAGAAGAUUUGGAGCUCCCCAAGGAAAGUUUGGAGCCUCCUGGGGUUUGGGGCAUCCCAAGGAAUAUUUGAAGCCUCCCAAGGACAGCUUGGAGCCCCCCAAGGAAGAUUUGGAGCCCCCCCCCAAGGAAGGUUUGGGGCACUCCAAGGAAGAUUUGCAGCCCCCCAAGGAAGGUUUGGAGCCCCCCAAGGAAGAUUCGGAGCCUCCCAAGGAAGGUUUGGGGCACUCCAAGGAAGGUUUGGAGCCUCCCAAGGAAGGUUUGGAGCCUCCCAAGGAAG